AUGGAUGCCCUGACUCCACCACAGUUGUCGGAGAAGAUUGAUGCCAAUCGUAUGGAGAUGUCCUCACCGAAGUUCUCUAUAGCUUUUGCUGCUGAAAACCUUGCUCAAAGCCAGCCAUCCACCCCUAGUUCAGUACACACAAGUCCACGGUCCUCAGCUUCACGAGAAGCUGUUUUCGAGCGCAGUCCACUGCGUCCAAAGUACGAGAAGAACCAAAAGUAUUUUCCUCCUAGAACUCCCAAUACUGAUAGGAAAUCACUCCCUGUGAAUCGAGAAUUGGCAGAGAAAAACGAUAGACCAUCCAGUGAUGGUGUGCGCGGAACCCAUUCAUCAACAACGUUAGAUAUCGGGAAUGACACGUCGUGCCCCACACACCCUCAGUUCACACAGAAUGCCCUCCAACCUUCCCAUUUUUCGGCGAAUGCGAUAUCCGAGGCAGUGCCGGGGUGCAGUCCCCCUAGAUUAACUCCACAACUGCACCCAAAUGUUUUCGCCCCACCCCUUAGCGGAGUUCCAAUGUCCCUGGGAAUGGAUGCUCGCUCGACUCUUGCGGCACUCUCAGCUGCCUACACUUCGCUAAUUCGUGGUUCCACUGUGAAUACAACGGAUCGGAUCACUUCAAACAUAUUGCAUGCCAAACGACCACCCAGUCGUCCUCCAUUUCCAAUUGCACACAUGAACUUCCAGCCACCAACAGUGUCUCCCUUAACGCAGAAAAGUGGAUUGGAUUGGCCGCCUACCAACAUGACUAAUCAAGAAGCACUUCCGAACGCAGUGGGCAAUUUACUGUCUGAGAAUCUGGACUCUUGGCAACAAUUUCAGCAAGCAGCUUAUGCGAACAACUUGGACCCGCAUCUUCUAGCUCUUUGUGGAGGUACUGGAUGCGCAUUCGAGCUUUCUGGGAACAGCCGUCGAAAGAAUGCUACACGUGAGACAACCAGUAUGCUAAAGGCCUGGUUGAACGAGCACCGUAAGAAUCCAUAUCCAACGAAGGGUGAAAAGAUUAUGCUGGCCAUUGUGACGAAAAUGAGUUUGACACAAGUCUCCACCUGGUUUGCGAAUGCUCGACGACGUCUUAAAAAGGAAAGCAAAAUAACUUGGGGUGUGCGCACAACUGCACCGGAUAGUGAUCCGGAUGAAGACUCCAAUAUAGACGAUGAUGAUACAAUGGAUGCUGGAGAACUGGAGCAGCUUUCCAGGAUAACUAACCGGACAUUCGUGCGCAAUACUCAUGCAGGUGAAAAGCGAACAAUUACUGAGAGUGGCUUAAAAGCGCCUGCAUUUGUCAAACACAAGUCAUUUGGUAACAAUGUAAGCGUAACCUCGGAAGAACAUCAAGGCAUAAACCUUUCAUCUUGCUUUUCGGGCCAAAUAAACGAGGAACCGCCUUUCAAGCGGCAUCUAAAAGAAACGAAACUUGAAUCCGGAAGUGACUCAGAGUGCAGAUUCAGGAAUUUGAACAACGGUCCGGCGCCACAGAAUAAAAUCUGGUCUCUUGUUGAUUUGGCUCAUGAUCGGCGCGCCUACGUGUCCGAAGGUAAAUCAACAAAUGUCACCAGUCCCAUCGAUAAUACUUUACACCCUUGGCUGAAUCAUCAUUUCACACCAGAGAGGUGGCUCGCUGCACUCGGCUGUGACCGCUCCAGUGAGGCAAUUCAGUGGGUAUCCACCGGUUCCCAUGGCAACGGUAGCUACCCAACAAGUCAAAAAACAAAGACGGAUGGAAACCACGUCUCGGUGACAAGGUUGGGACGGAAGCAAGGACUCGAUGAAUCUCCAAAUAUAAGAGACAGUGCGCCGAAACUUCCUCAUGACCCUCAUUCACAUGCCACAAUACGUGACAACCCCUUCUUAUCUCCUUCGGCACUCGCAGCGUUCUAUCUCUACAUGCAACAAAAUCAUUCAUUACUCCACUCUCAUACUGGUUCCGACUCAAUCCACCACUACCCGAAUCCCCGACAGAAAAACGAACUUUCUUCAGAUCCUGGGGAUCCGCUUCGGACUGAAAGUGAAGUGGCUACUGAAAAAUACCGGUCACCUGAUCAAACAAACACACGCACGGCGACAGUGAAGCGUGAUUCCCAAUGGCCAAUACCGACAGCAGCUCAUCAAACCAGUAGCUCUGUCAAGUGA